AUGAUUGACAUGGAAGAUAGUUCGGUUGAAGAAGAUUUUAUACCUAGUGGUAGUGUAGCGGCAUGUGAUGUUUAUAUUCGUAUGCAAUUUUUACGUAAAGUUUAUGGUAUUGUUGCCGUUCAACUUUGUUUUGUUACAAUAGUAUCAACUAUAAUGAUAUCAAUAGAACCUGUGAAGAUGUUUUUUCAAAAUCAUCCAGGCUUUUUUAUGUUAUUAUUUCUAGCAACAAUGGUUAGUUUAUUGGCUGUUUAUAUAAAUCGUCUUGAAUAUCCACUAAAUUUUGCUUUACUUGCUCUAUUUACAUUCUUUGAAUCGUUAACAAUGGGUACAAUUGUUUCAUUUUUUGAUAAAAUUUUAGUUCUACAAGCAUUAUUAUUAACUGCUGUUAUUGUUGUUAGUUUAACAAUAUAUACAUUUCAAACUAAACAUGAUUUUUCACCGAUGGGAGCAAGUUUAUAUAUACUAUUAUUUGUCUUAGUUGCAGGUGGAUUCAUUCAAAUUUUUAUUCGUAAUCCAUUUAUGGAAUUAUGUCUUGCAUUAGGUGGUGCACUUGUAUUUAGUCUUUAUUUAGUUUAUGAUACACAAGAGAUAAUGCGUAAAAAAUCACCUGAAGAAUAUAUUGAUGCUGCAAUACAAAUUUAUCUUGAUAUAACACGUUUAUUUAUUGAAAUUUUACGUAUACUUGAAGCUAUGCGCCGUGAAUAA